AUGACGACGCUUGUAGUGGGAAAGAAUCUUCCUGGCAGCCGCAACGACGAGUUUUUUAGUUGGGAGGAUGCUGCGAAUGGUCGUGGGGCUGAUGUUGGUGGAGCUUUUGAGGUAGAGCAGCAGAUUCAGCGUCAGAUUCGUGCGGACCCAACCGCGCUCUCUUUGAUUUACGACGUGCCCGAUGACAAGGACACGUACCUUUGGCAAUACGAGCACUUACGUCAGGUGAUGAAAGAGCUUAACGUUCUAGUGGCACGUCUAGACGGAAGUUGCACGCGCGAUUCGUGUCCCGUGAUGAAGGCUACAGACGACUGGGUGUUCUUGUGUGCAGCCCAUAAGGCGCCCAAAGAGUGCUGCGCUUUCGAGUAUAUUGUUCAUACCAUGGACAACGUCAACACGUUGCUCACCAGUAGCCGUGUGUUCCCUUCACGUGUAAGUAUCAGCUCGAACGCCACGCAGUACUUUCAGUCAGUCUCACGCCGCUUGUACCGCAUUUUUUCGCACACUUAUUUCCAUCAUCCGGAGGUAUUUCGAGAAUUCGAGGACAAGUCAUAUUUAUGCCAUCGUUUCGUCUAUUUUGCGCUCCACUAUUGCCUUAUUCCUAAGAGUUUACUUAUCAUCCCCGAUAUCGGCUAG